CUCCAGGCGCGAACGUGAAAUCGAAUUACCAUGAUGAAAUUAUAAACAUGAACAAGUACCAUUAACUGUCAUCAUGGGAUGGUGUGCUGCUUGUGGUACGAAGUCAACAAAAGAGAACAAAACAUCAGUGUUUCCUAAAGAUCCAGAUAGAAGAAUCCAAUGGAUUGCAGCAGUUCGAGCACUGGACAAACCAGAUUGGAAUCCGACAAAAGAUUCAGUGUUAUGUGAGAAACACUUCAGUUCAGACAUGUGGGAAAAAAUACGUGUCGAUGGAACCAAAAAGUUAAAAAGAAAUGCGAUACCGACCCUCUGUGAACCCAUUCAAAGGACUGGACAGCAGAAUAUUGUUCUCCAAAGCCAGGGUCAUGUCGAAGCUUCCAUUCGAACGACCAAACAGCAGAACGUUUCCAGAAAGGAUAUAAUCUGUCUGUAUAAUGAAGAUGACGUUACAUUAACCAGUUCCGAUGUAAUACCGUCAUCUUCACGACGAGGUAAAGUCGAUGAGAAUCAUGAGCAGAACUCUCUAAAUUAUUCGGCUACAUCGACGAUGAUUAUGGACAAUUUUCCCGACAUGACAACUGAUGAGCAAGACUCGUCUGCAAAAAUUAUGACGAAUUCUACAAUUGCCGCGCAUGAAAAAAAGAUAACGGAAAUGGAAGAGCAACUAAUCUGCAAAAAUUAUGACGAAUUCUACAAUUGCCGCGUAUGA